AUGUACGGGAAAACAAGGGUGGCAUGGUCCCAGCAGCCACCACCUGCUGGGAUUGUCCUUGGCGCCCCGUGGAACCCCUGGGUAUCCUUCACAGUGUACCUCCCCGCUCUGCAACCUGCCACCUACAUGGGGGAAGAUGCAGGACUGCUCCAGGACUUCAGGUCCGUCCUCAUGAAGAAUGCUGACGUGCCGUCAAUCGAGUAUGUCCGUGCAUCGUAUAAUGCCGACGACGUGGCAACACAAAGCGCAAGCAGCAGCAGCGGUGUCACCACAAUGCGCCGUCUAAACCGCCGCCGUGGAAGGUCCCUAAUGCAGUCCUCUGCCUUAACCUCAUUCCCCCUUCCAGUUACCAUUUAUGCCCUGGUUUGGUUCCCCACGAACUGGAUGUUUCUGCUCGGUCCAACCCCUGGUCAGACAUCCCUGGACUGGCUGGUGUUUCGGCUCCUGCAGUUGCCCUCCCUGGUGUUACAGCACCAAGACUAUCCGCGACUGAACAUCUCCGGUGUGCAGGUGACAGAUGUACGUUGCUCCGUGGCGACGCCCAGUCUUCGUCUGCGCCCUAAUGUUGGCGGAGGGACACAAGUGGAAUCCAGUAUUCCUAAUCUCGGAAACGACGUGCUUGGGUGGGAAGGGCUGGCAGCACAGGCUCCGGAGCUAUUGCUGCUGCAGAACAUGAGUGGUGCCGCUUAUUUGGAGACCCCUUUCUCUCCCAAGGAGACCUUUAUCGAGCCGCCUGUCGCAGUGUACGACAUUAUUGAUGCGAACAGUCUUCCCAUAUAUAGGUCAUACAUGAUUUGCCGCCUCCCGCCUGGCGGAGCAGCGGCGCUGGCGGUUGACAUGACCGCCGGCAUUGUUGACCUCAUCCACAGUGGUGUUAAUUGUAGCGGAGGCGCUGCGGCUCUGUACAUUGACAUGACUCGGCCCAAUCAGCCGGGAGAGGUGUACGUCAUCAAGUACAGUGCCUGGAACAGCCGAGGCAUCCCUGCAAGACCAAGAUUUCGACUUGUUGUCAUUACGGACGCUUGCGGGAAGAAAGGAGAAUAUUUCUGCUUUGAGCUGGGUCGGUGCUCCGUCGGCGGGAUGUGCGUCAACCUCUUAGAUUUGGUCUUCCGUACAAUAUCCCUGGGAACGGACCUGGACAACAGCGGGGCCAACAGCAGCAUCAGCGGCAGCGGAUCUACGCCAACCACGUCCAACACACCGGUGUUUAAUUUGGACAAAAUUGCCAUAGAUAGUGCCGAUAAGAACGGGAUACGGCUGCCAGUGCCUAAGGACACCCAGGCCCCCCGACUGCUCCUUAUGGGCCUUGGCAAGCCGUACAUCAGCACCGCUGGCGAGCCGGUCAUACUGGAUGAAGUGCCGUAUGGAUCAGCCUGGACAGAUCCAGGCGCUACCGCCUUCGACAUUGACGAAUUCGGCGCAACAAUCAACCUGACGAACGCUAUCCAAGCGUACGGCAUCACUGCUGUCGACACUUUCACUGCCACACCUCCACCGGCUCUGCACAGCUAUGUCAUUCGAUACAGCGUGACCGACAGCAGCGGUGUGGCAGCCGUCGGCUGGCGCUUAAUCAAGAUCAUCUGCACCCCGCCAGAAACGUUUUGUGUGGAUGACGAGGGGGAAGGGCAGUGCACGGUCAGCGGCGUGUGCGGUUUCGGCCGGUAUUCGUCUGCUUUCAACAGCGCGGCUGGUGACCCCACCGCCAACGGUGGUGGUAGCGCUAGCAGUGGGAGCGCCGAAGGCAGCAGCAAGCGCAGCAACGCCACCAGCCAGUGGGGCGUUGAAGCGGAUGGGUGGGAGCCAAUGAAUGACCCGUCCGCCCCGCGCAUCGCUCUGCGGGGCCCAAGACUGGUGGAAAUCCCGCAGUUUGGCAGCUUUGACAGGUGCAUGCAGGACAUACCAGUUAGUCUCCCUUGCGACGCCGGUGCACGCGUCCUGGACCCCCUGGAAGGGGACCUGAGCAGCAGGCUGCGGGUAUGCGGUCAGCCAUUCACGCCUUCCAGUACGGCGGCGACUGCAUACACUACCGUGCCGGUGCUGCUGGCCUGCAACAUUUCCAGUUCGAUCCCCGGCGUGUACACAAUUACCUACGAUGUUUUCAACAGUGGUGGCAAGACGGCGGCCACCUUGCGCACGCUGGUGGUCCGCGCAGCUUGCCUUCCCGGCGAACAAUUAUGUGGCGAUAAUGUGACCUGCUCUGUGGACCAGGUGUGUCUCAGCGAGCUUGGAUCCAUCGGCAAGCUUGGAAGACCCCAAGCAGCCGGAGUCGUUAGUCAGCAGCAAACUCCGCCUAACCAGGCCCCCACCAUCGAGCUCCGCGUCUCGGAAGCAGCAUCGAUGCUGGUGCAUGUUAUGAGGGGCGCGAGGUACGACUAUUGCAAUGGCAGUGUACCGACUUUCGACCAGCCGUGUGAGCCAGGAGCCCGAGCAACGGACCCCGAUGGCGCCGUAUCAAGGAAUGAGGCUACCUCCUCUUCGGUGCUGGUUGCUCUCGAUCUGACAGGCGCGGUCAUAGCCUGUCCACCGGCGGCGUGUUUGUCAGCCGAAGGGUGCACGACGCGGGAGUUAGAGAGCUACACACUGCGCCUGCGCGGGCUGGCAGGCUGUGGGAUCAACACGCUGGCGCCGGUAGGGACCAUCUUCCCGGUAGACUUCUGGGUGUGGGAUAACGCCCGCGCCAAUGCUACUGUACGGCGUUACGUCACCAUCUCGGACCCAUGCGCCACUUCGACCGUCACAAGUGUCAUGGGUACCACGGGGAACAUCAGCGGCUCCCCUCCCUUGCCCACCACUUACUGUGAGGACCCACAAGGAGGGUUUUUCUGCUCGCCACUCCCGUGUUCUGUCGCCAAUCGGCUCAAGACUCCUGUGCUGUACACACCGGCGCUCGCCGUACUACCCAGUGUCGCGUAUGUGGAGUACGGCAAAGUGCCAAAGAUGUACCUGGGGCCGUGUACGUCAAUAAAUGACACAUCAGGUUGCAGCGUCUUCGCACUGGGCCUUACGGUUUACGGUGACGGCCGACGAAUGUUGUUAGAUCUGACGGGGUCCAUUACCGUACAGCCAACUAUCAGCUGCGAGCAGAGCAGUGGCGACAGCAAGAAGCAAUGUACGACGUGCACGAUGGAGAUGCUUCACCUGCCGCGGGGGUGUCCGCCAGGAACUUACAAGUACAAGUUUACUGCGAGUAACGGCUACAGCGAAGUCACCUCGUAUCGCACCGUACACGUGUACUACAAGUCCUCCACGCUCGUCUCAUUCCCAUCACCGUUAUCCGCCCCCGCUGACUUCAAGUACAACAGCGCAACCUUAGUGGCGGAGCAUGCGGCCGCUAUCAACACUAGUGUCGCAUCACUGGCAGACACCUCCGCCUCAAUCCUCCCGGCGCUCAUAACCAUGAACGCUACCGAGCCGUACAAGAUGGCAUUCUCAUACGCCGCCGAUCACUUGGCGGCAUUGGGAUAUGACUCCUCAGACAUACAACUGCUGGGUGCAAGCACAGAGCAAGUAUCAACUGCUACCACCGUGCUCCGUGUGGCGGCGGCAAUACACACCUACCUGCCCUCAGCCGUACACCGCGGUGCCGUCACUGAUUUCGACAACUUCACAUCGCUUUUCAUGAAUGACCCAUCUUUUCGCCACGAGAAGCUGUUGGAGGUCUUCGGAUACAACACCAGUACGGGAACGGUGCGUCUGGCCAGCGAUGCUGACAUCAGUAGUAUUACCCGUCAUCGCCGUGAACUGAGUACAAUGCAGCCCGAUGACGCCAGCGAUUUGAAGCACUCCUUGGCGGUCCACUAUCCGGCCAACAGCGUUGGCGGCAGCAUUGAAGGCCACCUUGCCCGGGGGUCACGGGCCCAGAAGGCAUUGGAACUCGAUGGUACCAGCCAUGGAAUUGUGGAGGACUUGAUUUUGGAGCUGCUGAUGGCAAACAUCCACGAUGACGAUUGUGGAGGAGGCUCCAUCCCUGACAGGGAUGCCAAUGGUGACGUGCACCAUCACACGCCGGUCCCUGCUGCCGGGAGGUGGCUGGUGGCAAUUGCAGAGGCACUCCAGAUGCCCUUGCAGCUCCUGACAUCACAUAAGAAUGUUGGCGCUGUCACCAGUGGCAGGGAUGCAACCAUGGCGACAGGGCUCCCCAACCUAACUCCAAGAAUGCCGGUGGAAAUGGCCUCUGGGGAAAGUGGUAGCGACAGCAAUGGUAUUAACAAGCAUCAUUUACUAAGGCAAUCGGUGGAAGAUGGGCUUGGCAGUCACAGUCGGCAGCGGCUGCUACUGCAGCAGCAGCUUCCCGGUGAUGGCCCAGCAAUUACUGCUGCACUCAGCGCUGAGCCUGGCUCUGAAAAGAUCAGUGACGAUACUGCCGCGGAACUGCCCGAUGGCGCCUCAUCGUCUGUUUCCCUCGUGCAGAUGCUCAUAGAAGCGCUUUCGCAGCAGGCAGUGGAGCUGGCGAUGGAGGGUUCCAGUAUAGCAGCUCGGAUGAGCAGCGGCGAUCUAGAUAGUGGUCCGCAGGCAGCAGACCUGCGUCAGUCAGCAGAGGAGAUGUUAUCAUACUCGCAGCUUUUAACAGACAUGACUAGUGUGGCCGUGGACACGCAAGCUAGCCUGGAUGAGAUCAUCAUCACUCAAAAGGAGCUGCGGUCAGUGCUCGCUGCAGCCGCUGGCGCCUCCGCUGCCAUGCAAAGCAUGGUGACGACUGCCGCUGCAGCGUCCAAUGCAAACGCUGAUGCUGCAGCCACCGCUGCUCGUCAGCUGCUGAUAGAUCUGGAAGCAGGCGCGAGUACGUCCGCAUCAGCGGCCGUUAACGCGAUGCAUCUGGCAGAGGCGGCAUUGGGGGAGGUCGAGUACGUAUGGAUAAACUGCGGGGAUGACCUGGCAGAUGAUACACAACGCGCAUUGCUUCAGUGGCGGUUCCAUAUCAAUGUGUACAGUGCUACGGAUGUGGACGCCGGUGAUAAUAACCCCACCGCGGGGGUAUCCAACGGUGAGUGUUUUAGAAUAAAAGCUGGCGGGGUUAGCGCCUGGUAG